AUGUCGAUCACCAUUCAAUUGAUGAGCGAUCAAAAAUUUCAGGGUAUUGCACUGACGUUGCUGUGCGCCGUUUGCGGUGUACUGGGAGGUCGACGUUACAUCGCUAUCCCUGUCGACGGUAUCGACGGUAUCGAUGUCAUCGAAGUGAACCCGAUCGCACCCUCGCUAACAAGGGUGGCCAGACAAACGGAGGCGUACGUACCAGUUGCUCUAUCCAGUAUUUCUCAAGACGACCACGAGGCACAGCGUCCUGAGCGAUCGGCCACACAUGUCCUGGACUACGUCGACUUUGGAGGACACACCGGCUCCAACGGAGCUUUCAGCUGGUACGCCGACUAUCCGGCUCAUCGUUUGUGAUUUCCCCGAGGCAGAUCCAAGAUCCGACAGCGCGGAGCGUCGUUGAUGUAGUAAUUAGAAAUUAUAUAUAACUGUAUAUACAAGGCUGCAUGAACGAAAUUAAUCAUCGGCGGUCUCUGGAAGAUAAAAGACACGAGACUUUAGCAAUGAGUUGUAAAAGAUACGAAUUCGCGGCUUUCAGGUAAGAUUUUCGAGGAAGACGGCGUAGCCUCUUAUCUUGCGAUCCAAUAUUCUUUAUUUCUUUUUCUGGUAUUUGUUUACGGUACAAUAAAUAGUGAUGGAGAUUGACAAUCUCAUCGUUCUUGCGUUAAUAUUCAGCUAAGUAUCCACGGAUCGAAAAAUCCAGCGAUGGGGAACACGUCGAUCGGUUCUCGCCGCCGCUCGAAUAAACCGAAAAAGGUUUGGAUUCCUCGGUAAGACAAUAGGUACAGCCUCGGGAUAUGAUUAAUAUUUGUAUUUAUACAGCCAAGUGUAGUGCCCACACUUUAUAUACGCGUGUCUCUUUAAAAUGUACAGAUAGAUAUACAUAUACAUAAAAUACAUAUACAUACGUACACUAAAAACAUUUGCUCGUUGAAAGCUCGUAAGCAACGCGCGAAGAUAUUUAAAUUGAUAACAAAUUUGAUAGCGUUUUACGACUGCCUUUUUGCCUCUAUUUAAUCCUUUUAGUUCCAGUCCAAAAAAUACGCACAUCGAAAAAAAGUUUUAUAUCGUAGUCUUACUUUAUAUCGAUUAAAUUGCACAUUUAUUCUCAUCUGACGGAGAAGUAGCGUCAAUAAUACUAAUAUUAUGCACUGGAGGAAAGAAUUUGUCGGGCGAGGUCAUGCGAAACGAAUUGUUUUCCAUCUUGAUAUCGAGAGAGAAAUUCGUGAAGAUGGGGUGACGCGAAACUUUUCUCGAUGUGUGUAUUAGGAAGAAUUAAUUGAUCGCAGUAGCCAAAAAUAACAAAUGUAUAUCUUUUCUCUUUGAACGAGAACGCAAUCCCUUAACAAUCUAACGUUACAAUAUUGCGGCAAAGCAAACAUCGUUGCCGGGAUUACUCGCGUGAAAUACAAUCACAAUGCGCGUGGCAUGCGCUGUGAAAUGAAACACUCGCUGCACGCAGCCUCCCGUUGACAGAAACUAUCGGUUAAUUUUGAUUAUUUCUCCUGGAAAUUUAUCGGCGGCUGAUUCUAUCUGUCUUCUUAUUUUCCAGUUACACGAAUCUGUAAUUCAAUUCCCUCGUUCUCCCUUCAAACUUGUCCUUCAUCGUUGCCGUUUGUUCUCAUUUUCGGCACACCCGCUCAUACAUUGUGUAAGUACUCGAGUCACUUAAAGACACUUAAGUAUCUCCGAUCUGCACUUUUCUCUCGUUAUUUCUUAGAAAAUCAGAUACAGCAAGACGUUGAUACAGCGGAACCCAUCACUACUACCUUUGCAGCUAGUGGCGAUAAUCCACUCGUCGAAGAUAUCACACAAAUGGAGUUGAUUAGUAUAUUACUGGAUGUACGUGUAUCUAUAUAUGUAUAUACACAUAGUACAUACAUAUACAAUUAUGCUGAUCACAUAAUGCUCGCUGUUGCGCAUGAAGAGCCACCGAAUGUUGUAGGUGCGGUUUAUAACAAGUUUUAAUAUAUAUCUUUAUAUAUUAAACGAAUCUGCUAUUGCACUGGUGUCCGAAGGUGUCUGUUUUUUUUUUU